CCUCGAGAAGGGGAAAAGAGGCCGAUAGAGCCGACACAUCACCCAACUCGUCGGACCGGUUCCAAUUCCACCCCCCAAAUCCAAACAAAGCUCCGCGCGGCGCCGCACUUGGAUUGCCGCGAACCCUCGCUGCCGCCGUCAUGGACGAGGAGCGCGACCAGGACUCCGACCCUCCGCCGGCCGCGGCGGGCGCCGGGGGGUGGUGCCCGUGCUGCUCCUCUUCGCCGUCCUCAGCGGAGGCGGCGGCGUGGCGGCGGUCCGUGAAGCGGAAGCUGGGCGAGGAGAGGGGGGAACAGGGGGACGGGGAGGAGGAGGGGGCGGCGCGGGUGGAUGCGGAGGAGGAGGAGGCGGCGCUGCGUGAGGCGGUGGCGGCGGCGCAGGGCACGGCGGCGCUGCUGCGGGUGGAGGUCGAUGAGGAGCGCCUCGCCGCGGCCAGCGCCGCCAGCGAGGCCAUGGCCAUGAUGCUCCGCCUGCAGCGCGAGAAGGCCGAGGUUCAGAUGGAGCUCCGCCAGUUCCGCCGCUUCGCCGACGAGAAGAUGGCGCUCGACGCCGCCGAAAUCGAGCACCUCCGCGCGCUCCUUGCCCAGCGCGCGCGGUGCCUCGUCCGGCUCCGGGCCAGGCUCCGCGAGUACCGGCUCCAGUGCCUCCACCUCGGCAUCCCGCUCCCUGAGGGCGAGGACGUCGUCGCUCAGAACGGAGAGGAGGAAGAGGACUUGCUCCUACUCGAGGACGAAGAAGGCUACGGCGACGGGGACGGUGGCUACUACCCUAAGCUCCGCUGCUACGACGGGGAGUACUACUAUGAGGAUAGGCAGGAGCAGGAUAAUGCGGUGGUCGGCGAUCUGGAGCGCCGGAUCUGCCUCCUCGAACACGGUCAGGAAACGCACCUGCUUGAGCUGUCUCUGGAAGAGGAGGAAGGCGCCCACCUUUACACAGAUGAGGUGUUGCCAGAGUCGUCCAGGCCGGGACGAGGUGGCCUUUAUGCCAACGAGAUGUUACCUGAGGAGGCUGUGGAAGAUAGGAGCAACCUCUAUAAUGAUGAUGAGGACCUGCCAGAGUCUCCGUCUGCUGGAUGUGGAGGUGGGGAGGAGGGGGUGAGCCAGACUGAUGGUGUUGGCAGUGCAAGCGGCAGCGAUAGGGUUUACACGAUUGUCAAGGUGCAUCAAGGUGCGUCUGUGCUAAUAGCCAAGGUUCCGGAGAAGCACCAGGAUGAUGCGGUGGAGCCAGACAUUAAGAAGCUUUACAUGAGGCUGGAGGCGCUGGAGGCUGACCGGGAGUCGAUGCGGCAGGCUCUUGUGGCGAUGCGUACUGAGAAGGCGCAGUUUGUGCUUCUUCGUGAGAUUGCACAGCAGCUUGCCAAGGAUUCAGCUCCAGUUGGGGCAAGAGCUGGGGUGGUGCCUGGUGUAAACCAUUCACCUGGAAAAAACAUGGUGGGGGUUGUAGAAAUGAGGUUCACGGAGGAUAAGAAGGCGGCACUCAAGACAUUCUCCAUGGUUGCCUUGUUCAAGUGGGUCCUGACUUUAUUUGUUAAGAAAAAGAAGCCAUCGCAAAGCAGGUAUACAUUUGGCUUAUCAAGUAACAAUGUCGGUUUGCUCCUACUCUUGGACAAGUGCCCGCGAAUUUAGAAAACCCUCACAAGAACUAGUAAAACCUGCUGGAAGAAGCAUCUGCUGUUCAUGUAAAUAAAUAGCUGUCAGUUGGGAAGUUUGCAUCGCAUUGCAUUCUUUAGUGAAAGUUGGGUGGAGCCGGUGUUGUUUUGAUUCUUUAGUUGAUGGUUUUGCUUUUUCCCCAUCUCAUGGAAUGAGGAUGGUUUCGUGUUGAUCUUUCUAUUGUUCAUGUCAUGGAAACGCUUUUGCUUAUUUUUCACAAGCGAAAGCUAUAUGCAUGUAUAGUGUGUAAUACACGGUGGUGGUUGGUUGUUUCGCUUGCUUCCUGAUUGAUGAGUGAAUGUUGACGAAUUUAGCCUAUAAACUUGUUCUCAAAA